UUGAUGUUGUAGAUGAAAAUGAUAAUAAAGGCAAUAUAUGAUGCCCUUUUCCUUGUGCAACUCACCAAGCUCUCUUCUUCUUUUCUUCUUCUCUUGGGAACGCACAAGCCGUCCUUUGUCGGAAGAAGAAAAACAAAUGAUGUCUACAUGGAUGCAAGACAUAGAAGAACAAGAAUCUACUCCUCCCUCAUGGCCAAACUCAAACCCCAACCAACUAAGCCCUAUGUCACUCUGUGCUUACAAACCCAUCCAUGAAGAAUGGCACGUGCCCAACAACACCACCACCCAACAUGCAAGAGACAUAACCUUCUCCCCAAACUUUGCCGAUAAUUAUUUGCUCCAACCCCAACCAAUCUUACCCACUUUCCCUUCCACCAACCUCGACCUCUCUCAAGUGCACAACUUUCUCGCACCCAACCCAACCUUUGGACCCGUCACCUUCGAUGCGCCUUCCCAUGUGGGGUUUCUUAACCCUCAAGCUUCCUUCACUUCAAACAAAGCUGAUCAUGAUGCCGAUGUCUUCUUAAUGAGCUCAAGUUCAGCCAUGUGUGUAGUGCCUCCACAACAACGCAGUAUUGGCUUUUCGGGUUUCAAGAGUAUCAUAAACUCCAAUCACGAGGAGGGUUUGCUUCUGAGCAAGUCCAACAUACUGAGACCCCUUGAAUCGUUGCCGUUAUCGGGUGCACAGCCAACUCUUUUCCAAAAGAGAGCAGCACUUAGGAAAAACUUGGUUGGUAAUUGCAAAGGGAAGGGUGAACUCAUGGGGGGAGAGGGAGGGAAUAGUAGUGAUGGCAAGAAGAAGAAGACGUGUAGUGGAGAAGGUGGGAGUUUUAUUGAUGGGUCGGGGUUGAAUUAUGAUUCUGAUGAGAGUGAUGAGAAUAAUAAUAAGAUGGAAGAGAGUGGAAGGAACGGUGGAAACAGCUCAAACGCCAAUAGCACCGUCACCGGAGGCGCCGGGGAUCAGAAAGGAAAGAAGAAGACGGGAAUACCUGCCAAGAAUUUGAUGGCUGAACGCCGCCGAAGGAAGAAGCUCAAUGAUAGACUCUAUAUGCUCAGAUCCAUUGUUCCCAAUAUUAGCAAAAUGGACAGGGCUUCCAUUCUUGGGGAUGCAAUCGAGUAUUUGAAGGAACUUCUACAAAGGAUCAGUGACCUUCACAAUGAAUUGGAGGCAACACCAGCUGGAUCUUUAUUGACACCUGCUUCUUCAAGCUUUCAUCAUCCUUUGACACCGACACUACCACCCCGCAUGCAAGAAGAACUUUGUCUCAGCUCGUUGCCAUGCCCUAAUGGCCAACCUGCGAGGGUUGAGGUUGGGUUGCGCGAAGGAGGAGCUGUAAACAUCCACAUGUUUUGCGACCGCAAACCUGGUCUCUUGCUUUCUACCAUGAGGGCACUCGACAACCUUGGAUUAGACAUCCACCAGGCAGUUAUCAGCUAUUUCAAUGGAUUUGUUAUGGAUAUUUUCCGAGCUCAGCAAUGCAACGAAGGCCAGGAUGUCCAUCCGGAGCAAAUAAAGGCAGUUCUGUUGGAUUCAGCUGGCUUCAAUAGCAUGGCCUAAUGGCAACAAACUACUAACACGACCUUUCCAAAUAGUCAAUUUAGCAAUCUUAUGUUUUUAAUGCUCAAAAUUCAAGUGUACAAUAUAGGCUCACUUAACUUCCGCUCAGUCGAGUUAGGAGAAGAAAUAUUUUACCAUUUAAAAGCACUACUAUUUUUGUCAACUUUUGAUGACGGUCUCCACUUGGUUUAGCGACAUUCUGAAUAUGCAUGUUGAUGUCAAGCUUGUUUCUACAAUUCAUUGUCUUCUUUGUACAAUUAGUAGGGACAAAGCUUUAAUGCAAUGUUUUUUUUUUUAUUAA